GUGGCAAUGCACAUAUCUGUCGAACUGCAUCCAACAUGUGCGGUAGAUUUAGUCUCAGACUCAAUCGAGAGGAGAUAGAACAGCUAGAAGGACAUACUGCGUCAGUGAACGAAUGGGAGCGCCGUGACGCAUUCGUCCCACGAUACAAUAUCGCGCCGCACACCCAAGCCCCUGUGAUACGUCGGCGCUCGCCAGAAAGCCCCUUGCUUGUCAUGUCCUCUAUGAAGUGGGGUCUGAUCCCUCACUUCAGUAAAUUUGAAGACAAAUCUCUGAAUACGACGAAUGCGCGCUCUGAAGUGUUAAUCGAGGGAGGUGGACUGUGGGGCAGCAUCAAAGGUUCAAAGCGAUGCGCGGUCGUGUGCCAGGGCUACUACGAAUGGCUCACCAAAGGCAAAGAGAAACUUCCCCACUUCGUGAAGCCGAAGGAUGGACGCGUGAUGCUCAUGGCAGGUUUGUGGGAUACUGUAGUUCUGCAAGGUGCGUUUCAAAGAUCUCUCAUGCACAGAAUCCCAUCACUUCCGAGUCACAGGGGAAACCGAAGCAUUAUGGACCUUCACGAUUGUAACAACGUCGGCCAAUUCUGCCUUCGCUUGGCUACAUGAGCGGCAGCCGGUCAUUCUUCACACAACGGAAGCACUCGAUGCGUGGCUGGACACUUCUUCACACAAGUGGUCUGCGGAACUCGGUAAACUACUAGUUCCCACGACUUGUCCUCUUACCUGUUACCAAGUGCCGAAAGAGGUCGGAAAAGUCGGCACAGAAUCGUCAACCUUCAUUCAACCUGUCGCUGAGCGGAAAGACGGGAUACAAGCCAUGUUUGCUCGCCAAAAGCAGGCUCAGCAGGGCACGUCACCCUUGAAGACUCCUUCGAAACGCUCAGCGCCUGAGGCACAAGACUCGGACGACUCAAUCGAGAUUUUGGAAGGUCCCUCGGAUGCCAAAAAGGCCAAGUCUACACACACCACUAAUGCAGACCAAGCCCUCCACCCCUGCCAAGUCGAGACGGAAUUGAAUAUGUAAAUCUACCUACAGCUACUUGUAUUUGAGCGCCCAUUGUAUCAUACCCUUCAUGUAUCGUUCUUACUGUGUUCAUAUAUCCUCCAUUGGCCCGUCCUCCUGCUGCCGCAUCGCUUUUAUCGCAAAGUGUGUCGGGUCAAAGCAAGGCGACAACCACGGCUGACUGCACGGCCAUAUUGAAUUUGGCUUCUCGUUGCAAGUUCACUGGUGGCGGGGAACUUGCGAUUCGCGAGGAGAGUUCAGAGGCUUGAGAUGGAUAGAUUGAGCCUCGGCAGCAAUUCGACAUCAACUCCGUUGAAGUACCCAGAAUGCAUCCAACCCCAGAAUGCUCGUCUUGAGCUAUGCAUACCAAGACCAAGGGACGCUAUUAUUUAUAGAAAUGGCGUCCAGCAUUGCAUUUGCAAUUUUGAUCCACGAUGAUAUGGUAGUGGCCGAUUUUUGUCUAAGAGCAACGGGCACCCAGGAAAAGUUGACUCCUGGGGGUAUUAAGAAAAAAGGAGGUCGCCGCAAGAUGUUUGAGAUGACAGAACCAACAACUACAUGAGGUGCAUUGUGACUCGACUGCCGUCCAAGAAUGUCUGCCACUGUAGAUGAUGGAAUCGUCCUUCCCCGCGAUCUGCGAUGAUCUGUACAGUGCGGGGUAUCCAAUCAUGCGGGGAAACAAUAAGAUCGAGGAUUUGCCAAAUUUGUCGUUAAUUUGAUGGCCGUGACCAAUGACGUCACGCGACGUGGGGCGUAGAUCGACACAUGUUCAAGGGUCCUGGACACCUUACUUUCAUUGACACUCCUCUCACCCCAUCCCUCAUUGCUUGUAUCCUCCAUCAUCCUCGAUUAUGUCGCCAUCUGGAGAAACGUACAUUGAAAAACGUUGGGGAUCCCUCCUUGUAUUUGACAGGCGAGCGACUCCGACAAUUGGCGGCAGUCAAGCAGGAUUCAUCGGUCUGCUUGUCGGUUUCGGCGUUAUCAUCCUGGGCUCCUGUAUCGCCAUCUUCAUCCUUCUACGUGACCACAAGACAACAAAAGCUCAGCGGCGAAACCGUUAUGCUGCCAGAUCCUCUCCAACUCGUCCUCGUUUCACAUCUUUUGUACGCGAUUUAUUCAGCACGACGAAUGGGAAGAAGACAUGGAUCCAAGCUUCGGAUGAUGCAUGGACUGCUGAUGAGGCGGAGCGACUGCGAGCCAGUACCAGCGGCGGCGAAAUGAAGACUGCUACUCAGGAUGAACCAUUCCGGCCGCCUCGGUCCUUCCCAUCGCGUAUGAAUUCAUUUGCGUCUGAAUCACAAGAUGAAAUGUCGGCGUACGAUCCGGAGCCUACGAUACGUUAUGCGCCAGCGCCCCGCCCUGCAUCCAUUUCGCUGUCAACGAUCGCACAUCCUCGAAGUGCCUCGCCCGCAUCUUCAGCCAGUGUCUUUCAACCGCAUGUACGGUUCGUCUCUAGCGCGGCCGAGAUCGGCAACUUGGAGGAGGAGAGUUCGUCUAUUGGACACAAGGGCACCAAUAAAGAACGUCAGCUGUCCGCGGACAGCCUCUCCUCUAUCCGCACAUUUGAAGGAGGGACCAAAUUUAUCGAAGGAUUGUGAUUUAUUGUUGCUCCCAUUUGACUUGAGUACUGUAUCGGAUACUGAAUGGGCCUUUGGUACCUGUAACAUCUAUACUUACAUUAGCUGGAAAUGAUACACGGCAAUGUUCACAGCUUUCACGUCCCAUUUAUUGGGCACGUUUGGGCUGGACUGAAAGUAGGCUCAUGUGGUCUGCAUACGGGUCGCCCCCUAGAGGCAUCGUUGAUUUGUGAGUGCUGUCUGCUAGUGAGACCUGAGACGAGAGAGACGAGAGAGCCACUGGUGUCGAUUCUUCACGACCUGGAUUACGCAGCGGCCUAUUGCGCCUGCAUGUGAGGAGCCGGACCCAUGCGAGAUCGAUGAACCAUGGCCCCAUCCGAGGUGCGAUCAUUGCAAGUGAAAUGAAAGGAGGAACCGUGACAAAAAUUGCCAGCAGCUAAGAGGAUUUAGAUGGCUUGCGAAAAGAGGAGAAUAAUCAGACAUACCUGACCAUAAGUGGCCGUGAAGGAUUCAUGCGUAGAUCGUAGGAUUAGAGAGACCUCAAUGUUACAGAUCCAAAUGAGGUGAGGGAUAAUGAUGGCAGUGUAGAAGUAGAUGAAUGGGUAACGCUGAGUGACUUUGCGCCAGAUGCGAACCAGGGGGAAUUUCCUCUUCUUAGCCCAGAUGGAUUUUCGGGCCCGAUAGAUUGCGAUAGUCCACGGGAUGACCAAGGUGAGCGCCAUUAGAAUGAGGAGGAAUCCCGAUCUCAGGAAUAGUAUGAAGAAUACAGUGAAGAACAGGAUUGUGACAUGGUUGUUUGCAAUGAGUGAGUCGCAUGCGGCUUGUUGGAACGUGUACGUCGCCGAAGGCAGUGCGG